AUGCAGUCCCGCCCACAGGACAGGCCGUUCGCCCUCUCCACAGGAAAAUCCCACAGCCCGACCAACGGGAGAGAAGAACAGGUGCACUCAGGUGAGGGAUUUUACCUACACUUUUUAAUCUUCGAUCCCUUCCUCAUUUUUUGUUUGAUGACACAUGAAGGGUACAACCAUUCAUCUCCAUUGUAUCACAAUAGGGGGUUGUGGUUUUAAAAUGCUCAGUGAUUGCAUUGAAAAGCAGCCAUUUUCCAAUUUUUCACAUUCCUUUUGAGAUGCCACACCAUUAUUGACCUUCACCAAGUUCUCAGAAUGCGUGUAGUGCGGGAAUAUUUUUUUUGUUUUGAUUAUUCAGCAGGAAUCUGCAGCAGCCACUGUGUCAAGCUGUGAGAGAAUCUGGUCCAGUUUGCCUGGUCAGGGUCAGUGGUGUGGGGAUGUGUCAGCUGACUUUAGAGUCAUAGUUAGUCUCUCUGUCAUUGUUUUCCUGUGUUCACUUCCUUGUUCUGUUCAGCCCUACAAGGUGCUUCUUAUCAAAUGAACAGACUGGAAAAGGGGAACUCGGAUGAAAAGUAAUAGAAAACAGGAAAGUUUUGUCUGGCUGAAAGGAUAGAGGAAAUGCAACUCACCUAGGAGCAUUUUCUCAACACUACGAUUGAUCUAACAUCUUUUUAAUUAUAAAAUAUAUUUUAAAGGAUUUUUAAAGUGCUUUUCUAAAUCCCAAAUACGCUUGAAUGACAAGAUUACUUUUUGUUAAAAGCGUUCGUAACAUGACCCCUUUUGAAUCAGUUGAGAUGGAUAGUGGACGGUAUUGAUGUCCAUAGCCUUUGUAAAGGUCUGGGGAUGAGGAUGUGAACACGCAAACACACACACACACCAACACACUACUACUUGUGUAGGGGAGGAAGAUCCGCCUAAGCAGAUUUUUCAGAAAGGACCCCGAUCUGCAACACAGGUGAUUUCUUCUUCUCUCAUUGGGUGCAGGGUUUAAGCCCACACACUCAGUCCCAUGAGCCACAGCCUAGAGGAGUAACCACACAGAGGAAACAAGAGACCACACACACACACACCACCCACCAGAGAGAAGAACACAUUCUACCUUGUCCAAGUAUUAGUCUCCCCACGGGGUAAAAAUUGAACAGUUUCUCACCUUGAGGAGAAACAUUAGUGGCAUUACGUGGAAAACAAACAACACCACCACACAACACCGACUUUAUAAAGUUCCUUCCCCAUAGAUUUUGAGAAAUGACAUUGGUGUGUGUGUGAUCAGAUAUCUCCCUACUUGUCUCAUUAAAUUAUGACGUAUUUGUUUACACAGUGACUUUGAUCGUUGCAGAAUGAAGGCGUAAACAUUUUUCCCACUCCACGCAAAGUGUAUUUCACUCAACUCUUUCGCUAGGGACUGAGGAAAUAUACUGUUUUGUUUACAACAUUAUUCCUGUUUCAUUGCUUUUUCUCCACUGCAUUGUAAUUUAUUUUAAUGUUAUUUAACCUUUAUUUUGACAGGGAGUCAAUGCUGAGACCAAUGUCUCUUUUCCAGAUGAGCCCUGUUUAGCACAAGAAUACACAUAAAAAUACAAUAUACAGUUGUAUGAAAAAGUUUGGGCACCCCUGACAAUUUCCAUGAUUUCCAUUUAUAAAUAAUUGGGUGUUUGGAUCAGCAAUUUCAUUUUGAUCUAUCAAAUAACUGAUGGACACAGUAAUAUUUCAGUAGUGAAAUGAGGUUUAUUGGAUUAACAGAAAAUGUGCAAUAUGCAUCAAAACGAAAUUAGACAGGUGCAUAAAUUUGGGCACCCCAACAGAAAAAUCAUAUCAAUAUUUAGUAGAGCCUCCUUUUGCUAAAAUAACAGCCUCUAGAUGCUUCCUAUAGCCUCUAAUGAGUGUCUGGAUUCUGGAUGAAGGUAUUUUGGACCAUUCCUCCUUACAAAACAUCUCCACUUCAGUUAGGUUUGAUGGUUGCUGAGCAUGGACAGCCCGCUUCAAAUCAUCCCACAGAUUCUCAAUGAUAUUCAGGUCUGGGGACUGGGAUGGCCAUUCCAGAACAUUGUACUUGUUCCUCUGUCGUUGUCUUGUUGAAAUGUCCAGCCCCGGCGUAACUUCAACUCUGUGACUGAUUCUUCAACAUUAUUCCCAAGAAUCUGCUGAUAUUGAGUGGAAUCCAUGCGACCCUCAACUUUAACAAGAUUCCCAGUACCGGCACUGGCCACAUAGUUACAUUGCUCUCGGCAUACUACUACUAAUAAAUAAUCAUGAAUAAAUGCCAUUUAGCAGAAGCUUUUAUCCAAGCGACUAGUCCUGCGUGCAGGACAUUUUUGUGUAUGGGUGGUCCCGGGGAUCGAACCCACUACCCUUGGCGUUUACAAGCGCCGUGCUCUACCAGCUACCAAGCAGAGACAUAGAAACACACUGUGCUGAACAGGUAUUCUAUGCUGUACAAAUAUAAUUAGUAGAACAGAGGCUAUUCCAUCUGUAUGGUCUGAAAUAAAUGCCCAUGUUGUCUUUCGUUACUGUUAUAGUGGUAAUUGUUUAGAUGGACAUGAUAUGGAUUUGAAUGCUCCAUUCCUACUUAACUCCUCCUUUGUGUGACACAGUGGAGGAAUGAGGGAGAUGCAGUGAAGACUGAGGAGUCUGAAGACAGACGGACUAAGGGUAAAAAGGUAAAGGUUACCGGGAAGAGAGAGCAGGAUGCAGUCCCGCCCACAGGACAGGCCAUUCGCCCUCUCCACAGGGAAAUCCCACAGCCCGACCAACGGGAGAGAAGAACAGGUGCACUCAGGUGAGGGAUUUUACCUACACUUUUUAAUCUUCGAUCCCUUCCUCAUUUUUUGUCUGCCAUUGUUUGAUGACAUGUGAAGGGUACAACCAUUCAUCUCCAUUGUAUCACAAUCACAACAGGGGUUGUGGUUUUAAAAUGCUCAGUGAUUGCAUUGAAAAGCAGCCAUUUUCCAAUUUUUCACAUUCCUUUUGAGAUGCCACACCAUUAUUGACCUUCACCAAGGUCUCAGAAUGCGUGUAGUGCGGGACUAUUUUUUUUGUUUUGAUUAUUCAGCAGGAAUCUGCAGCAGCCACUGUGUCAAGCUGUGAGAGAAUCUGGUCCAGUUUGCCUGGUCAGGGUCAGUGGUGUGGGGAUGUGCGCUGACUGUAGAGUCAUAGUUAGAGUCUCUCUGUCAUUGUUUUUUUCCUGUGUUCACUUCCUUGUUCUGUUCUGUUCAGCCCUACAAGGUGCUUCUUAUCAAAUGAACAGACUGGAAAAGUGGAACUCGGAUGAAAAGUAAUAGAAAACAGGAAAGUUUUGUCUGGCUGAAAGGAAAGAGGAAAUGCAACUCACCUAGGAGCAUUUUCUCAACACUACGAUUGAUCUAACAUCUUUUUAAUUCUAAAACAUAUAUUAAAGGAUUUUUAAAGUGCUUUUCUAAAUCCCAAAUACGCUUGAAUGACAAGAUUACUUUUUGUUAAAAGCAGCGUUCGUAACAUGACCCCUUUGAAUCAGGUUGAGAUGGAUAGUGGAAGGUAUGAUGUCAUAGCCUUUGUAAAGGUCUGGGGAUGAGGAGUGUGAACACGCAAACACACACAGACACACACACACACACACACUACUAUGUGUAAGGGAGAAGAUCAAGCUUAGCAGAUUGUUUUCAGAAAGCCCCCGACUGCAACAACAGGUAGUUUCUUCUCUCUCAUUGGUGCAGGUUAAGUCCCACACACUCAGUCCCAUGAGACACAGCCUAGAGAGGAGAAACCACACAGCAGGAACAAGAGACACACAAACACACACACACACACACAGAGAAUACACAUUAUACCUUGUCCAAGUAUUAGUCUCCCACGGGAAAAUUGAACAGUUCUCACCUUGAGGAGAAACAUUAGUGGCAUUACGUGGAACACACACACAUAAAACUCACAAAAAAUCAGAUACAUUUUCAAGUGACCUAAUUUUGGAUGGUUGAAAAGAGACAACUUUGUUUUAGCUGGUUCCUGCUGUGUUCUUUAUAAAGUUCCUUCCCCAUAGAUUUAGAGAAAUUACAUUGGUGCGUGUGUGUGAUCAGAUCUCUCCCUGCUUGUCUCAUUAAAUUAUGACGUAUCUGUUUACACAGUGACUUUGAUCGUUGCAGAAUGAAGGCGUAAACAUUUUUCCCACUCCACGCAAACUGUAUUUCACUCGACUCCUUCGCUAGGGACUGAGGAAAUAUACUGUUUUGUUUACAACAUUAUUCCUGUUUCAUUGCUUUUUCUCCACUGCAUUGUAAUUUAUUAACAUUUUAUUUAACCUUUAUUUUGACAGGGAGUCAAUGCUGAGACCAAGGUCUCUUUUCCAGAUGAGCCCUGCACAAGAAUACACAUAAAAAUACAAUAUACACAUUAAACUACACAUCCAUGUACACAUUAAAAUACUCGUUAUUAUAUACAACAAUACAUGAAAAGCAAAUCACAAUCAUAAAAAACAGACCAGUAAAACAGGUCCCCUAACAGCAGUCUGAAGUGCCCUAGAGCCAAAAUUCCUCACAUUUUAAAGUGCAUUGGGGAUCAUUCUACACGUAAGGUGCAAAAUAACUAAAAGCAGAUCUACCCAGCUCAGUGGAGAUCGAAGGAAUCUCCAGAGUUAGCCAUCCCUGAGACCGGGUCUGGUAUCUUGUACAUCUCUAUAAGUAGCGGUGUAACGGUUCACCAAACCCACAGAUCAGUACGUGUUGCGGUUUUGGGGUCACGGUUCAGUUUCAGUACUGCGGGAAAAUGAAAUGCCAUGCUCAAUGUUCAGCAUUCACAAUGUUCCUGGCAUUGUCUGUUGUGACAGGAUUGUUAUGUUGGGCCUGUCAAGUUUCCACUCUGAUGCUGCGUUUGUAACCAUGUGGGAGGUGGGAAUUUACGAGUUAUCAGAUGGAUGCAUUCAUGUUAUUUGAACUCGUUGAUAAAUGCAGAUUGGCUAGUGGCUAACAAGCAGCGUCAACCAUAAACUAUCAUGCUUGUAAACAAAUUAGAGUUCAAAAACCACCAGAAUGGAUUUAUUUUAACUGCUGAAAAUACUGUUAUAAAGGCCGUUUCCUUAGUAGGUGACGUCAGAGGUCACCAUGUGGGAGAAGUGGGUGCUCAGGAUGAUAGACGAGUUCCCACUAGUAAUUACCAGUUGGAGGGCUGUUGAAGUGGAAUUUGUUUUGUCGUAUGUGGUAUAUUCCCACUUCCCUCUUGGUUACGAAUGCACCAUGACACUGCCUUCUUAAGUGCCAGAUGCACAGUUGUGACUCUCAUAAAGGGGGCUUGUCUGUAGCAUUGUAUAUCUCCCAUUCUGGGGUAAUGUAAUGGGCUGUCACUGUUAAGAAAGUGCAACACAGGGUGCAUUGGCCAAUUCAUUGAAAGCUUUGGCUUGCUUAUAGAGAGCGGGUACUACCGGUUUGCUUAAAUGGGUGCAAGAGGGAAGUUCGUAACGUGGCUCGAGCACUUUCACAAGGUGCUGAAACUGUCUAUUCCCAACCACCGAAAAUGGGCGCAUAUCCGCAUCUAUAAAUCAAAGACUGUAAAAAAAUAGCAGCUGCAUAGGCUAUUCUCGUUGAGCAUUGGCGACAUACUGUAAACGUUUUAUCCACAACUCUCUGUCCAUUGCCGUUGUAAUCUACUGGGAAGCCAAAAUGUUCCCAAACUGGAGAUUUAAACAAUGGAGGAUCCCCCAAUUCUGGUUUAUCGACCCCCACCACUCGCCAUCGUACAGAACUAGCUCCCAGCGGCGCCUCACAAAAGGACAGUUUUAAAUGCAGCAAUUAAGAUUCUAAUUUUGAUUACAAUGUGCGCAUAGGCUCUAGUUGUUUGAACGGAAUAGACUGAAAAAUAAUGUUCCGCUCAGAUUUACUGAAGAGGCAUACAUUUUCAUACUUUUUUUCCCGUACUGGUUCCCCGUGGGAAUCGAACCCACAACCCUGGCGUUGCAAGCGCCAUGCUCUACCAACUGAGUCACACGGGACCUCUCAAAGCAUAUAGGGCUAGUUUUUAUUUUAUUUGUAUAUAUUCAUUCGGGUUCACAGUGCGGCCCGAACUUUGAUACAGAAUGCAGACAUGUAUUGAACCUAUCGCCCGCAAUAAAUUAUGAUAAACCGCUAUGAUAAACUGCGUCCAAUGGCUUCAAUACAGUGGCAGCUGCAUUCAUAUAGACGAUAUCCCCCUAGUCUAAAACCGGUAUGAAUGUCGACUGAAUGAUUUGUUUCUGCUAUUUAAUGAAAUAAAACAUGUCAUUAUUGAGUGUGAUGCUGUUAUGGUUGUUUUUAUGGUGAGUUUUAUGUUUUGUCAUGUCAGUGUAAUUGUGACUGGGUUGGUGGCAGUCAAAAUGACUGACAGUGCUUUCUUCCAAUCAGACGCAGACUCCAUGGAGGAAGAGGCAGACUUUAAUUGGGAGGAGUACCUAGAGGAGACGGGGGCGACCGCUGCACCCCACACCGCUUUUAAACAUGUGAGUGAAAAACACACGUUCUUUACAUUUCCAUAACCCACACAACAUCUUGUAAAUACUGUUAUUGAAUGAGUGGCAUUCAUGCAAAUCCUUUUAAACAUGUGUUUGAGUGAGAAUGUACUUUAGCUAAUGAUGUUAAACAUUUACAUUUACAUCAUUUAGCAGACCCUCUUAUCCAGAGCGACUUACAAAUCGGUGCAUUCAACUUAUGAUAGCCAGUGGGACAACCCCUUUUUAUUUUAUUUAUUUUUUUGGGGGGGGGGAAGAAGGAUGACUUUAUACUAUUCCAGGUAUUCCUUAAAGAGGUAGGGUUUCAAGUGUCUCCGGAAGGUGGUCAGUGACUCCGCUGUCCUGGCAUCGUGGGGGAGCUUGUUCCACCAUUGGGGUGCCAGAGCAGCGAAUAGCUUUGACUGGGCUGAGCGGGAACGGUGCUUCCGUAGAGGUAGGGGAGCUAGCAGGCCAGAGGUGGAUGAACGUAGUGUCCUCGUUUGGGUGUAGGGUCUGAUUAGAGCCUGAAGGUAAGGAGGUGCCGUUCCCCUCACAGCUCCGUAGGCAAGCACCAUGGUCUUGUAGGAGAUGCGAGCCUCAACUGGAAGCCAGUGGAGUGUGCGGAGGAGCGGGGUGACAUGAGAGAACUUGGGAAGGUUGAACACCAGACGGGCUGCAGCGUUCUGGAUAAGUUGUGGGGGUUUAAUGGCAUAGGCAGGAAGCCCAGCUAACAGCGAGUUGCAGUAAUCCAGACGGGAGAUGACAAGUGCCUGGAUUAGGACCUGUGCCGCUUUCUGUGUAUAGUAGGGUCGUACUCUGCGAAUGUUGUAGAGCAUGAACCUGCAGGAUCGGGUCACCGCUUUGAUGUUAGCAGAGAACGACAGGGUGUUGUCCAGGGUCACGCCAAUGUUCUUUGCACUCUGGGAGGAGGACACAAUGGAGUUGUCAACUGUGAUGGCGAGAUCAUGGAGCGGGCAGUCCUUCCCCAGGAGGAAGAGCAGCUCCGUCUUGCCGAGGUUCAGCUUGAGGUGGUGAUCCGACAUCCACACUGAUAUGUCUGCCAGACAUGCAGAGAUGCGAUUCGCCACCAGGAGAAAAUGAAUUGUGUGUCGUCUUGGUGUAUAGAGAGAAUAGGAGAGGGCCUAGAAAUGAGCCCUGGGGGACACCAGUGGUGAGAGCACGUGGUGCGGAGACAGAUUCUCGCCACGCCACCUGGUAGGAGCGACCUGUCAGGUAGGAUGCAAUCCAAGAGUGAGUAGUGCCGGAGAUGCCCAACUCGGAGAGGGUGGAGAGGAGGAUCUGAUGGUUCACAGUAUCAAAGGCAGCGGAUAGGUUUAGAAGGAUAAGAGCAGAGGAGAGAGAGUUAGCUUUAGCAGUGCGGAGAGCCUCCGUGACACAGAGAAGAGCAGUCUCAGUUGAAUGACCAGUCUUGAAACCUGACUGGUUUGAAUCAAGAAGGUCAUUCUGAGAGAGAUAGCAGGAGAGUUGGCUAGAGACGGCACGCUCAAGAGUUUUGGAGAGAAAAGAAAGAAGGGAUACUGGUCUGUAGUUGUUGACAUCGGAGGGAUCGAAUGUAGGUUUUUUGAGGAGGGUUGCAACUCUCGCUCUCUUGAAGACGGAAGGGACAUGGCCAGCGGUCAAGGAUGAGUUGAUGAGCGAGGUGAGGUAAGGGAGAAGGUCUCCGGAAAUGGUCUGGAGAAGAGAGGAGGGGAUAGGGUCAAGCGGGCAGGUUGUUGGGCGGCCGGCCGUCACAAGUCGCAAGAUUUCAUCUGGAGAGAGAGGGGAGAAAGAAGUCAAAGCAUAGGGUAGGGCAGUGUGAGCAGGACCAGCGGUGUCAUUUGACUUAAUAAAUGAGGAUCGGAUGUCGUCAACCUUCUUUUCAAAAUGGUUGACGAAGUCAUCCACAGAGAGGGAAGAGGGAGAGGGAGGAGGAGGAGGAUUCAGCAGGGAGGAGAAGGUGGCAAACACAGUGUAGUUAGACUCCUGCUGAAGACCACACUUAAAUACAGUGGGGGAAAAAAGUAUUUAGUCAGCCACCAAUUGUGCAUGUUCUCCCACUUAAAAAUAUGAGAGAGGCCUGUAAUUUUCAUCAUAGGUACACAUCAACUAUGACAGACAAAUGAGAAGAAAAAAAUCCAGAAAAUCACAUUGUAGGAUUUUUUAUGAAUUUAUUUGUAAAUUAUGGUGGAAAAUAAGUAUUUGGUCAAUAACAAAAGUUUCUCAAUACUUUGUUAUAUACCCUUUGUUGGCAAUGACACAGGUCAAACGUUUUCUGUAAGUCUUCACAAGGUUUUCACACACUGUUGCUGGUAUUUUGGCCCAUUCCUCCAUGCAGAUCUCCUCUAGAGCAGUGAUGUUUUGGGGCUGUCGCUGGACAACACGGACUUUCAACUCCCUCCAAAGAUUUUCUAUGGGGUUGAGAUCUGGAGACUGGCUAGGCCACUCCAGGACCUUGAAAUGCUUCUUACGAAGCCACUCCUUCGUUGCCCGGGCAGUGUGUUUGGGAUCAUUGUCAUGCUGAAAGACCCAGCCAUGUUUCAUCUUCAAUGCCCUUGCUGAUGGAAGGAGGUUUUCACUCAAAAUCUCAUGAUACAUGGCCCCAUUCAUUCUUUCCUUUACACGGAUCAGUCGUCCUGGUCCCUUUGCAGAAAAACAGCCCCAAAGCAUGAUGUUUCCACCCCCAUGCUUCACAGUAGGUAUGGUGUUCUUUGGAUGCAACUCAGCAUUCUUUGUCCUCCAAACACGACGAGUUUAGUUUUUACCAAAAAGUUAUAUUUUGGUUUCAUCUGACCAUAUGACAUUCUCCCAAUCCUCUUCUGGAUCAUCCAAAUGCACUCUAGCAAACUUCAGACGGGCCUGGACAUGUACUGGCUUAAGCAGGGGGACACGUCUGGCACUGCAGGAUUUGAGUCCCUGGCGGCGUAGUGUGUUACUGAUGGUAGGCUUUGUUACUUUGGUCCCAACUCUCUGCAGGUCAUUCACUAGGUCCCCCCGUGUGGUUCUGGGAUUUUUGCUCACCGUUCUUGUGAUCAUUUUGACCGCACGGGGUGAGAUCUUGCGUGGAGCCCCAGAUCGAGGGAGAUUAUCAGUGGUCUUGUAUGUCUUCCAUUUCCUAAUAAUUGCUCCCACAGUUGAUUUCUUCAAACCAAGCUGCUUACCUAUUGCAGAUUCAGUCUUCCCAGCCUGGUGCAGGUCUACAAUUUUGUUUCUGGUGUCCUUUGAGAGCUCUUUGGUCUUGGCCAUAGUGGAGUUUGGAGUGUGACUGUUUGAGGUUGUGGACAGGUGUCUUUUAUACUGAUAACAAGUUCAAACAGGUGCCAUUAAUACAGGUAACGAGUGGAGGACAGAGGAGCCUCUUAAAGAAGAAGUUACAGGUCUGUGAGAGCCAGAAAUCUUGCUUGUUUGUAGGUGACCAAAUACUUAUUUUCCACCAUAAUUUGCAAAUAAAUUCAUUAAAAAUCCUACAAUGUGAUUUUCUGGAAUUUUUUUCCUCUAUUUGUCUGUCAUAGUUGACGUGUACCUAUGAUGAAAAUUACAGGCCUCUCUCAUCUUUUUAAGUGGGAGAACUUGCACAAUUGGUGGCUGACUAAAUACAUUUUUUCCCCACUGUACAGUCACAUAUUCAGAGUCACUGCUGUUGACGGAGACUCGCAUACCAGAGAUGACAUACCCUGUUCUCUCAUUGUUGCGUCUGUGCAUUCGGAAAGUAUUCAGACCCCUUGACUUUUUCCACAUUUUGUUACGUUACAGCCUUAUUCUAAAAUUGAUGAAAUUGUUUUUUCCCCCUCAUCAAUCUACACAGAGAUUUUUUGGUACCCUUCCCCAGAUCUGUGCCUCGACACAAUCCUGUCUCGGAGCUCUACGGACAAUUCCUUCAACCUCAUUGCUUGGUUUUUGCUCUUGACAUUCACUGUCAAUUGUGGGACCUUAUAUAGACAGGUGUAUGCCUUUCCAAUGUCCAAUCAAUUGAAUUUACCACAGGUGGACUCCAAUCAAGUUGUAGAAACAACUCAAGGAUGAUUAAUGGAAACAGUAUGCACCUGAGCUCAAUUUCGAGUCUCAUAGCAAAAGGUCUGAAUACUUAUGUAAAUAAGGUAUUUCUGUUAUUUAUUUUUAUUUUAUUUUUUAUUUAGCAUUGAUUUCUGUGAAAUAGUGAAAUAUCUCUCAUGCUCUCAACAGACCUAGUGCCAAUUGAAACAGUGAUUCCUUGUGGGGUCGCUCUCUUUCUUUCUCUCGGUCUCUCUCUUUGUCUUUCUCUCGGUCAGUCUGUUUCUCUGUCUGUCUCGUUCUGUCUCUGUCAGUCUGUUUCUCUGUCUGUCUCGUUCUGUCUCUCUGUCAGUCUGUUUCUCUGUCUGUCUCGCUCUGUUUCUCUGCCUCUCUUACAUAAGCCAUCCAGUGUGAUACAGCAUAGUUGCUUUGUUUCUAUCAGGAAGUCAUGAGGCCAUUUGCAUUGUUUUUAGUUCUAAGAUGUUGGCUUUUUCCAGUAACACAGGCAGUGUGUGCGCGUGCAUGUGUUUGUGUGUUAUAUAAUGGGUUUUAGAUAUGUGUUAGUGUGAGUGCAGCCUGUGGCUAUGGUUGAAACACAUUACAUUAUCAAUUUCCUGGUACACUAGCCCUUUUAGAUAUGUGCUCUAUCUCUUGCUCUCUCCCUCAUGUUCUCUCUGUGAGUCACUGUCCGUAAAGGCCAGAUUGUUUAGAAUAUUCAAAGUGGUUGAAUAAACAGGUAGUGUGGGUGGGGAGCUUUUAGAAAUCCCCUGUGUCAUACCUGUUCAUUACCUGUGGCCAACCUGUGUUUUACUCUGUCAAUCAUGGCUCAGCGAGCCAGUCAGACGUCCCUCAUUUUUCAUGUAGACCUGUGAUGUCAUUCACUUUAGAACGUCAAUGUACAGAUCUGCUUUAUCUUGCCCAAUGCACUUGAUUUACCUAUUAAGUGCAAGCCUAUUAUAAUCAAGCUCACCUAUCAGUGUAAGUGAGGGCGGGCUCUUGUGUGACGUGGUGCUCCCUGAUUGGUCCUCGCAGGUGGACAUCAGCCUACAGAGUAGCUUCCAGCCGGGGAUGAAGCUGGAAGUGGCCAAUAAGAGCAGCCCAGACACCUACUGGGUGGCCACCAUCGUCACCACCUGCGGCCAGCUGCUGCUGCUGCGCUUCAGUGGCUACGGAGAUGACCGCAAGGCCGACUUCUGGUGUGAUGUCAUGACCGCCGAACUCCACCCAGUAGGCUGGUGCUCCCAGAACAACAAGACCCUCCAACCCCCUGAAGGUAGGGGCACCACCUGGGAACUCGCAUGCUCACACACACACAUACACACACACACACACCUGGAGCUGUGAGAUGAUAUUUGAUCACACACACCUUUACAUGUGCGUUUUACACGUGAAUAUACACAUCUUAGUCUAUAGUGAAUAAACACACCCUCUUCAUCUGUGGCUUUAUUGCUCAUUUUUGAUACUUGA